AUCUCAUCUUCCUCCAUCUCAUCGUCUUCCACUGUGGAGGUUACCAGUGGCUACUGCUUCUCACUUUUCUCACCCGCUCUCAUGUUGGGUCACACCAGUCGCCCAUGUGGCCCAGAGGGUACCAUUUACGAGAACGAGAAAGGAUUUGACAACAAUUUGAGGAUUGAGAUCGCUCCCACAAAGGUUGACUUUAUUAAAACGCUGAAAAGAUCAGACACGUCAUUGAUAUUCCAUGUGAACUAUGAUGGCAAGCCCCGCGUUCUGAAAGUUUUCCACAACGAAGAAGACGCCGGGUAUGCUGAUGAUGGGAUUCGUGAUUUGAACCGUGCUCGCUGCGAAAUCCGGGCCUACUGCAGUCUCAAGCGAUCUGGUGUAUGCGACAGGGGCUACGUACCACAGUUUUAUGGAUACACAUUUUCUCUGAACCAAAAGGCCUUUGCCCCCUAUCUGGAUGCCUUUCAGCACGAUGCUGGCCUUCCAAGUGCUAUUUUGCUGGAAUACCUCCCGAACGCCUUGUUAAUGAACUGCGUCACGUACAGCGAAGAGCGAAUGGCCAAGGCAGUCAAUGGUAUCCAACAGAUCCAUUCAGCUUUGGUUGAACACAAUGAUCCUUAUCCCAAGAACAUUAUGAUCGUUCCUGGUGACCCAGAAAGAGUUGUGUGGAUAGAUUUUGAUGUUGCGAUCACUUAUCCCGACAUCACUUAUAUCAGAGAGAGAGAACGUAACUGGUUCAAGUUUGAAACCAAAUGCGUUGAGAGUGUUGGAGUGAAACUUGCAGAUGAUCAGAAACGAGGCCUCCCACCAAACACAAAAUAUUACUAGGCUGGUUAUCACUUGACGUCCCAAGCAUGUUGCGCAAUUGCAUUUCCUGCUUCGUUCUACAGCUGCUAGUCAUCAUCCGCAGCCCCCAACAUCCCGAGAUACCAAAGCCCGAGAAGAAUGGUCAAACUUCCAGGCCCUGCUGCUGCCCAUGGUAUGGCCUGUGCUACCAACAGGUUACCAUUUGAAUCGAGUCUCUUAAUAGGGACCAGCUCAGUAUCAGUUAGGACAAAGCCAUACCGCGCGUUGUGCUGUUUCAUGUAAUAGUUGACCUGUGGAAACUUAAUUAACUAAUUAGUUAAGAGGCCAACUAAUUAACUCAUGGCAGAUGCGAGUGCGGAAGGGAGGCUCAAUCGGUGAGACACAUCCUGAUUAGCUGCCCAAAAUUCCGUCUGCUCAGAGAGGACAUCAUAUGGAAAGAGGAAAGAAGGACAACAGACCUGAGAAUAAUGCUCUCACAGCAAAAGUACAGCAUCAGGGCAGCCAGAUUCAUGAUGGAGACUGGACUUCUUGGGCAAUUCUGGCAUAUCAACACGGAGCCAGCAGAGCAAUGAGUCCCCCUGAAGAGUGAUACAGGACAAAUAGAUGCAGCAGCAGAGAUGCGCGGCAUCCUGGAUGCACCAGCUAAAUGGCAUUGAGGGAUCCAUCUAUAUUUUCUAUAUACAUUCCAUUUCUUGCUUUUUUGACGUUAUGGCGGUUGGGAUGGAAAACCUGUAUAUCCGUGUUAUUGUGUUUGUUUAGUUUGUAUCUAGAGCACGUGACUGAGCUGGCGAUCACGUGAGGACAAGCCCGCAUAGCUGCUGACAAAGCGGCUGGGGCCGGUGGAUGACAUAAUCAAUCAAUCAAUCAAUCAAACUAACUAACUAACUAGUUAA